AUGGACCAGAAUGCUCCCCUGGGAAACUCUGAGCAAUCCUUCGUACAAGGCAGCGUCUCUGGAUUGAAAAAACUCCUUCAUAAAGCAGGUAUCGAGACUUCAAUCGUAUAUGUUUUCUUCCCUGAAACUAAAUGGCUGGCACUGGAAUAUGUCGACCAUCUUUGUGCACGAGACGGCCUCACUGGCGGCGUCUUUGAGACCUGUGGCCAUGCUGUGAAGCCGCAUUUCCACUGCUCUGUUAAUACAGGAAGGAUCGAGAAGCCUGUCAUCGAGCAGGCAGAGUACACAGAGCACACGGCUGCAUAG